AAACACAGCGGCCAAGGCAUGAGUAAGAUCCACAUCCACCUGUAUGCGUGUUUGUGCGCCGCGGAGCUGGUGUUGCUGUGUGGGCUGGACGCCACUCACAGCCCCGUCCUCUGCACAGUGGUGGCCGCCCUUCUUCACUACUUGUUCCUCGCCACCUUCACCUGGUGCGCCAUCGAGGGCUUCAACCUAUACCUUAUGUUGGGGAAGGUGGGUACUGUCCAGUCAUCUUAG